AUGCCGACUACCGGGAAACUCCAAUCCAAUCCAGGAGAAAAAUCUGUUGAUCAAAAACUAUAUAGAUCCAUGAUUGGAAGCUUGUUGUACUUAAGUGCAACAAGGACAAACAUUUCCUUCAGUGUGGGAUGUUGUGCCAGAUUUCAUGCAGACCCUAAAGAAUCACACCUUAAAGAUGUAAAACGAAUCAUAAGAUAUGUUAAUGGUACCGUAGAUUAUGGCCUUUCAUACUCUAUGGAUACAAACAACAGUCUAGUUUCCUAUUCAGAUACUGAUUGGGCAGGGUGUGUAGAAGAUCGGAAAAGCACCUCUGGUGGUUGCUUCUAUGUUGAUCAAAAUCUUGUUGCUUGGCACAACAAGAAACCGAAUUCACAGUCUUUAUCAACCUGUGAAGCAGAAUACAUUGCUGCUGGUGUGUCUUUUGGAAAGAGAUGGACAGUUUCUGGCCAACAGGUUCAGGUGUUCCAAAGCCAAAUGGAUAAAAAUCAUUUGGGACUGGAAAAUGUAAAGAUCCCAUAUAGUUACAGUUACUAUGGAAAUGGUUGCACCAGAAGCACAGUAUAG